UUAGACUUGCAACAUUUUCAGCUAGAAUUAUAGGUUAACAUUUUACCAAACUAACAGAACAAACAUCAGAAUUAAGUGAAAUAAAUUGGCCUCAUCUCAUUAAUUAAGAACAAAAAGAUUUUUUAAGGCACUGCCUGUAUGCAGGUAGCUAUUAAACACGUCUUUUAUAGCUAAAUGUCUGCUGAUUUAUGACAUAAAAUCGGGAACUAAAGACUGACUGAAGUGUGUUUCUCCUUUUAAAGCUCAACAGAUGAAAUGUUACUCAUUUUUUGGGAAUCUAAUUAAGCCUGGCAGUCGAGUUAACUCCAUUGAAGAAGUGAAGUCAUUUGCUGACAAGACAGAAGUGAGUGUCAAUGGAGAAAUUACAAAGAUUGAUCCUGUCAAAGAGAUUGAGGUGUCGUUCGACCCCGAGAGAAAGAGGCAACAAUUCCAACUAAAAGACGACACCGGUUCCAUCAAGAUCUUCAUUUGGGGGGACCGGGCCACCGAGCUAUGCCAAACAUUAUCAGAAGGAGAUGUCGUUAAAUUUUCCAACAUGAAGACCAAUCAUUUCUCUGGACUUGUAUCGCUGAACUCUACUGUAAACACCAGAAUUGAAAAGAUGGAUCCUUUUGCAGCUGUGAAGCCGGAAAAGAAGAUCCUCCUAAACCUCCUAAACCUCCCAGGGCCAAGUGGGACAAUUCAACAGAGGAAUGUCCCAACAGAGGACAGCGUCUCAUCAGAGGACAGCGACUCAGCAGAAGACUGCGACUCAGCAGAAGACUGCGAGCAACCAAAGAAAAAGCUGUCCAAAGAUCAGGCAGAGUUUGUGAAAAGAGUGUGUAAUGCUGAUCCUAACCAGCUCCUGGAUAAACUCCUUGAGCGUGGUGUUAUAAAUGAUAAGGAAAGAAAGUCAGUCAAAACUAAAACCAAAGAGUAUAAUACACAAGCUGUGAUCAACAUGGUGCAAAGAAAGGGACCUGAAGCCUGCUCACAUCUAGACAGUCUUCUCCGUGAGGAUCAAUACGUUUCCGGAAAGCUGAAAUUAAUCCGAAGCUAAAGCAAAAAACUAAGGUUUUGUGGGACAGGUCUGCUUUCUGUCCCCAGAGUCAGGACUAAACUUGAAGAAGCAGUGUUGAGUUUUUAUGCUCCACAUAUCUGGAACAAACUCCCAGAAAACUGCAGGUCCGCCACAACUCUCAGUUCUUUUAAAUCAAGGCUGAAUACCUCUUUUAAGUAAUUGCUUAUUUCUUACACUGUAACUUUUAUUCUUGUAUUUUAUAUCUGUCUGAUUCUGUUUUAAUAUUUUAACUGUUUUUUUAAUUGCCUUGAUGCUCAAAUGUGCUUUAGAAAUAAAGCUCCCUUGCCUA